AUGGCAGCCUUCUCUUACGCCUCAACAGAGGAGACCACAAAUGCAUGUAGAGCCUGUCGACUUCUUCUGGGUCCAUGUACUGAUGAACUACGAGAUGUUUUAAGUCAUUAUGUACCACCGUCUACAUUUCCAUACGUUAUUAAACAGAAAAUAAGUAAUCUUCCCCGUCUGACAGCACCUCAGAUGAACCUUAUUUUACCCAGGGGUAGUAGUUAUACUGGAAACUACAGUGAAAUGGACAUUCCUUUACUGUACACAUUACUUAGAAAUAUAUGCAGUAUACCACCACACAGCAACGGCUGGGGAAAUGAUCCAGACCCGACCGACAGAUCUCUCUCUGCCAACAUUGAGAGAAUUCGUAUUGCCAGAAAUCAGUGUGUUCAUUCUUCUAGUCCCAUUCUAUCCAAUGCUGAUUUCAACACAAUCUGGUCCACUGUCAGAUCAGCCGUUGUGGAUUUCGAUUCUUUUCUAAACAAUGGGAAUCGGUUCGAAAGGGAAGUUGACUUUUUGAGACUUGAGACAAUGGACCCUGUCCGUGACCUUCGUUUUAUUGAGGAACUGAGAAAACAGGCUGAAGAAGAUGCAGCAACAAGAAAAAUAAUUGAUGGAGUAAAAGUUAAACUAUCACAGAUGAAAGAUGAACUUGUUUCCCGAAAUGUAAAAGCUAUUCACGAAAAUGAUGUCCUUCAAUGGGAAGAUGAUGACAAAAUUUUCCAUGAAUGUCACAACUUCUCCACUAUGCUAGAUAAGGUGAAGAAUCAAACACACGUGACGUUUGUCGGUGUCCCAGGAUCUGGAAAAACAGCAACAGCUCGACACAUCGCCCUGAUGUUACAACAGGAAGGGUAUGAGAUUGUACCGAUCGAUGAAAUCAGAGAGAUAAAGCAAUACUGUGAUCUUAAAAAUCCACAGGUUUUUGUUAUUGAUGAUGUGGUAGGUGUGUUUGGACUCCAAGAGACAAAAUCUGAUCUUUUAUUUCUUUAUCAAAAUAGAAUUAUGGAUCCUCCUAUGCCAAAAUCAAAGACUCUAAUGACUUGUAGAGAAGCAGUUUAUAGAGAAGCAAUUAAAACACAUUCCUUCUUUACAGAAAACAAUAUUGUGUGGUUACACAGUGAAGCUAAUGCUUUAUCUCACACUGACAAAAUUAAUAUACUGAAGAUGUACAACAUAGAAGUAGAUUUGUUGUCUCCUAUCAAUCUGAAAUCGGCAUCAAAAAUGUUCCCUUAUCUUUGCAAAAUCUAUUCAACAGACAAAAAAAUUCAGGUGUAUGGACCUGCAUUUUUUGAAAAUCCGAUUCCCUGUAUUUUAGAGGAACUAAAUGAAAUGGAAAAACAGAACAAAAUCCACUAUGUUUCUUUGGUUUUAUGCAUGAUGAAUGAAAAUAGAAUAUCAGAGGAAAUACUAGAAAACACGGAAAAUGAAGCAGUCACUCAAAACCUCAAAGAAAUAAAAGAUAAAGUUCUAAAAGAAUGCAGAGUCAGCAGGUACACUGAUAUUUUUAAAAUCGUUGAUGCACUAAAAGAAAUGAUGGGUACGUACACAAAACUAUGUGGCAGUGAAUACAGCUUUCUUCACGAUUCUAUGUUUGAAAUUGUUGCUUUUCAUUUUGGUCGUCAGUUUCCAGAACUCAUUUUACAAUUUAUGAGUAGCAAUUUUAUUUUCAACUCUGUGAAACUUCAGGAAUGUCAAAUCAGUGAGAAACAUGAAGAUAUGAGAAAAGGUAAAGAAGAGGAAGAGAAUGAGCAAGGAGAGUCCUUUGACCUCAGUAUCAUGUUAGGUAGGGAUAAAUAUCCCGCGCUAGCAAGGCGUUUGUAUAAAGAUAUUGAGAAAAGAGACCUGCAUGAUGUUUUUAAGAGUCAGUUUUUAAAACAGCCAAAUAUGUUGAAGGCUUUCACUGAAGUUUUAAACGAAAAACCUUUUAUAGAAAUGGCGUCCUUAUUUCUUUCAAAGCAAAAAGCUCUAUCUGAGGAAAGGGAUGAAGAACAGAAUUAUGCCUGUGGUUUAGAUUUUAUGAAUACAGAUAAGUGGCGGAAAUGGAGACUGCUUGGAUUUAAGGGAUUUGUGCGUGCUAUCUGUUGGUUGAUCUAUUACGGGCACCAUCAACUUCUUCAAUAUAUUAUAGAACGAAGUGAACUACACGAAGAAAAAAAGUCUGAUAUAAAUAUUAAAGAUUGUAUUAACCCUGCUUUAAGAAAUUACACAGCAGGGAUGGCAAAUAUUCAGCUUUCUGGGCAACGCAGAUUGCUUGUGCUGAGUUGCUACAGUGGUGACCUUGAUACUGUUAGAUUUUUACUAAAAUAUUUUCAAAGAAAUAAAAGUAACAAAAACCUAAAAUGUUUAGGUUAUGAUCACAUGGCGGAAGCAACACCACUGAAAGCAGCUUGUAUGACAGGUCAUGUUAGUAUCGUGAAGCUUCUGAUAGAGGCUGGUGCUAAUGUAAACCUUCCAGGAUACGAUAGACCAAUGCUAGCAGCAUGUGAGUACGGUCAUUUACGUGUAGUGAAUGAGCUGAUAAAUGCGGGAGCUGCUAUCAACCCUAAAGGUUAUUAUUUGAUAGAUUCACCACUGAUGGCAGCAUGCAGGAAUGGGCAUUUAAGAGUAGUGAGGAAGUUAAUAGAGGCAGGGGCUGAUGUCAACCUUCAAAAUAACUAUAGUAUACCAAUUAGUGCAGCAUGCGAGAAUGGGCAUUUAAGUGUCGUAAAAGAACUUAUAAAGGCAGGAGCAGCUGUCAACCCUCAAAAUGCUUAUGGUUAUCACAUAGCUAAACCACUUAUAGCAGCAUGCGAGAAUGGACAUUUAGGUGUAGUGAAGGUGUUAAUAGAGGCAGGGGCUGAUGUCAACCUUCAAAGUAAUGAUCAUAAUACACCAAUGAUAGCAGCUUGCGAGAAUGAACAAUUAAGUGUAGUGAAGGUGUUAAUAGAGGCAGGGGCUGAUGUCAACCUCCAAAUUAAUAAUAAUACACCACUGAUAGCGGCAUGCAAGAAUGGACAUUCAAGUGUCGUAAAAGAACUGAUAAAGGCUGGGAUUGAUGUCAAUCUUCAAACUGAAUAUGGCACAAUACUGAUGGCCGCAUGUAAGAAUGGGCAUUUAAGUAUAGUGAAAGUGUUAAUUGAGGCAGGGGCUGAUGUUAAUCUUCAAGGUGAAGAUGAUACACCACUGAUAAAUGCAUGUGAAGAGGGGCAUUUAAAUGUAGUGAAGGAACUGAUAGAAGCAGGAGCUGAUGUCAACCUUCAAGGGAAAUACAGUACCCCACUGGUAGCAGCAUGCGCAAAUGGGCAUUCAAAUGUAAUAAAGGAGCUAAUAGAGGCCGGGACUAAUGUCAACCUUCACACUUCAAAGAGUACACCACUGUUAGCAGCAUGCAGAAACAGGCAUUUCAGUCUGGUAAAACAGCUGAUAGAGGCAGGAGCUGAUGUCAAUCUUCAAAGUAAAUAUGAUGCACCACUGGGUGCAGCGUGCGAAAAUUGGCAUUUAGGUGGAAUAAGGAUAACGAUAGAGGAGGAUUCAGAAAUCAAUAUGAGAUAUCUGCAUGAUUCACCACAAGAAGUAUGGCAGAGUGAACAUUUAAAUGCAGUGAAGGAACUAUUAGAAGCAGGGGCCUGUGUCAAUUCACAAGACAUUUUGGGUCGAACACCUCUAUAUAGAGUUGUUUUAGAUCAUACUAAAAAUGUCACACAAGCUGUACAUAUUUUGAGUAUGUUUGGCGCAGACUCAUCCAUCCGUAAUAAAGACGGUUAUUCAGCUUUGUAUAUUACAUUAUUUAAAAACAAAACUGAUGUUGUGAAACAAUUAUUUCAAACUGAAAAAGGAAAUAAUCUGAAUAGAUUGAAGUUACAUUUGUUUGACUGUUUGGUAGACAUAAGACACAGUGAUGUGGGGACUGAUUUUAAGGAUGAUGUCGUGGUGACACAGAGGCGAGUUUGGUGUAUGCAGGAAUUCGGAGAAUUGUAUAAUACAAUAAAGGGUUGUAAAUGUGACGGACUAAAACAUCUGUUAAAAGUAGGUCUGGAUAUUAAUCAGUGGAUACAAGUGUAUUCUGACAAGCCUAAUUUUGAUAUGAUGCCUUUGCUGUUUAUACUAAUUAAUGGUUUUGGUGUUGAAGACAGGGUAAAGAAGAUAAGGAUCCUUCUGCAGGCGGGAGCAAAUGUCAAUGACAGGGUAAAAUUCAGUAGGAAUCAUUUUGUUUUAGACAGGGACAGCGUGUUCGAUGACCUAAUUGAUGAUGAUGAUGAUGAAGGUGAAGGUGAACGAUUGGUAUUUGAUAGUGAGAAUGUGUAUGAUAUUUAUCCCACUGAUGAUGAAGGUGAAGAUUCAGUUUUAGAUAAUGAGAUUGCGUCUGAUAAUCACUCUACUGAUGAAGAAGGUGAAGGGUCAGGUUUAGAUAGUGAGAUUGCGUCUGAUAAUCACUCUACCGAUGAAGAAGGUGAAGGGUCAGGUUUAGAUAGUGAGAAUGCGUCCGAUAAUCACUCUACUGAUGAGUUUAACGAUCAGGAGAAAAAAGAAGUAAUAUCUAUGUUAGACAGAGAGGGGGUUUCUGUUUUAGAGAGGACACGACGUCUGAUGAUAAGGUUCAGAGAGCCGAUGUACAAGAUGGUGUUAAUGGAGGUGAAAAAAUAUGCGAGACGAUAUUCUUUGUGA